AUGGGAUUUCAGACUUUCUUGUCAGUUAAGAAUACAGGAUAUGCGGGGGGCAUUAUGGUUGCAUAUAGAGAGGAUAGAUUACAGAUCUCUAUGAUUAGUAAGGAGGAACAAUUUAUUCAUCUGAAAGUUAAUAAUAAUCUUGGAGAUGCGUGGCUGUUAACAGUGGUGUAUGCAAGUCCUCAUGAACGCCUCAAACGAUUAAUGUGGGAAAGUAUCAGAAAAAUAGCUGCGACAAUUAAUCAACCGUGGCUUGUUGUUGGGUACUUUAAUGAUAUAGUGUGUGCUAGUGAAAAGAAGGGUGGAGGACAAGUUUCCGUUCACAAAUGUAAUGUGUUUAGAGAAAAUAUGGAGGAUUAUUAUUUGUUGGAUCUUGGCGCCAGUGGACCAAAAUUUACUUGGAGAGGACCUAUUUUUCAUGGAGGCCAGAGGAUUUUCGAGAGGUUGGAUAGAGCCCUUAGUAAUGAGGAGUGGAAAUUGAAGUUUGCUAAUUGCCAAGUUAGAGUUUUAACUCGAGUCGAGUUCUCUGACCAUCAUCCUAUUAUGAUCACACUGAACAACAAUUCUUUUGAGAGAUGCCCUAAGACUUUUCAUUUUGAGAGUGCCUAG